AAAUAUGUUUUCAUACCUCUGUGGAUUGUUGUUGUUGUGUUUUUGAACUACGGCUUAUUGAUUAUUGAUUUUCGGUCUUCAGUGUAUGUUCAGCUUUUUCAUCAACGGCGAUCGCCAAAUAUUUGUGGCCUAAGCAAUCCAGUGACAUUGAAGAAUCAACUAGUUUUCAUUAUAAUUUAAUUGAUUGUUUAGUACUUACACUCUAAGCAAUUUCCAAACAUGAUACCUGAAUCUUGUGUUUAUUAUGGUAUCUUAACGUUUUCUUGGAUAGAAUUCUUAUGGGAACAAUACUUGACUUUAAGACAGGUAAUAUUAUCAUAUUUACUAUACAAGUUAUGAAUGAUUUGUGAUUUCUACUAGAAGUCUCUAACGUACACAGGGUUUUCAUUUAAAUAUAUAAAUUUUGAUAUUAUUACUCCCUAUACAAAAAUAUAAUAAUUUACCAUGUAUAUAAUUAUUAAACAAUUGUUUAAUGUUAAAGUAAAAGUUACAGUCUAUACCUUUUAAAAAAUCUACUUCAUUUCUAUAAAGUAUAAAGUAUCAUACUCAUUGUAUUAUUUCAAACUUUUGUCUUGUUACAUGCGGUCUUUAUAAUUGUGUGUAAACACUUAUUUUAUUUCCUGCCAUUAGUUCUGUUUGCAACCAUAUCAGAUUCUCUUCAUUUUUAAAUGCAUGUAUACAUUUCCAUAUUUUUGGAUGAAAUGUGUUUAAAGUAGAUGUAAAGCCAUUAUACCGUUAAUCUCAAUACUCCAUAAUAUACAAACACUUUUUAAAGGAACUCUGUCUAUACAAAUUGAAAACGAGAGAACUUUAUUUACAAACAAACAAAAUAAUGAUUAUCAAGUUGUUAUGAUGUAUGCUUUGGCCAAAAAAUAAGUGAGCUAAAAAAAAAAGUUGCUAGAAUACAUAUAUUGAACUGUGACAUAUUUAAGCAAUUUUAAAACACAUACUAAUGAAAAAUAAUGCUGCCUUUUAAUAUAAACUAUGCAAUAACUAUUAAUUAUUAUUGUUUCAUUAUUUAAACUAAAUUAUUUAUUUUUUGCUUUCUAGAGACGUGUGUAUAAAACAACAGAACAAGUACCUGAAAAAUUAACUGAUGUGCUAAAUGUAGAAACAUUUGAAAAGGCAAAAGCAUAUGGUAUUGAUAAAAACAGUUUCAGUAUAACUGAAGAAUGGUUUAACAUGUUAAUUUCUACUGUAAGUAAACAUUAAUUUUUUUAAAUUAUAGUAUAACCUAUUCUCAUAACCAAAAAUACAGUAAGUGAAAAAAAUUGAAAAAUGAGUUAAUUACAUUAAACAAAUUUUUAAAAUUCAGACCUUUAGGUCAAUGCAAUGUGUCUGAAUUAUUUUCUUACAAUAAAAAAAAUUACAAUAUUUUUUUUGACAUAACGCCAUAUUAUAACCAGUAAAGCAUUGAAACCAAAAAUGUAGGUCUUAUAUUGUAUAAUAUGCUAUAUGAUAUUAUAUCAUAUUGAUGUAUAAUUUUGAUUUUUUUUUGUGGAAUAUGAAACAAAUGACAUCAAUUCCUGUGACAUACCAUUUUUUUACCUUGUGCAACACUUUAUUUUUUUGGCAUAAUUCUAGUUUAGCAACCUAUUGGUUUUUAGAUUUUUUUUCAAAAUUUGUGUUUCGCUGCACUAACUUGGACAAUUUUAAUUGAAAUAACCAUCAAAAGUGACCACAUUGAGUUUCUUAUUCUACCUAUAUACUUUUCACUUUUCCCUGUUACAUACUCGAUGUAGUUUUACACAACAAAUCAAUGGUUAUUUUUGAUUAAAAUUGUCCGAGUUAGCGCAGCGAAACACAGUGAAUUUGAACGCUUGUAACUCUAGAACUAAGCUAGAUAGACUUUUUCUGACCCCAAUAAAAAAUCUUUGUUAUCAAAAUAUCAAUAACUAUAAAUAGUAAUAAUAAUAAAAAUGUCUUCUUUUGACCACAUUUCAAAUUGAUUUUUAAAAUGCUACUUUUCAAGAUUUAUGUACAAUAACUUCAAAAGUAAGCUUACACCAAAAAAGGAAUUCAAAAACAUAUCAAUUUUGAUAUUUCUGGUAUCACUAUAUUGGUAUACUAAAUUAUAACACUAUUUUUACAGAAAUAAAUAAAUCAUUUAAAACUAUAUAUAUCUUUUUUUAAAUAACUAUUCAAAUAUUUUACUCAUGUGAUGUCGGCGCUUACAAGUUAACUCUUGUAUAACUUUUAUUAGUUUCACUAAUUUGUAGUAAUUAUUUACAAAAUUAUUAUAAACAAAUUAUUUUACAAUAAAAAUCAGUAUUUUAUUAUAAAUUACUAGGUAUUUACUCAAAAUUAAAAUUGAAUACCCCAGUUAUAAAAAUAAAUUAUACUAUUAUAAUAUACUAAGUGUGUUUAAAAAGUUCCAGGACUGUUUGAAUUGCGCGCCAAUGGAGCAGUAGGAUUGAUAUCACUGGGUUCUGUGACUUCUUUGGAGUACACCUGUAUUUGUAGAUUCUCUAUAACUUUCUUUGUUUUGAUGUGAUCAAUGUUUUCUUAAAAUAUUUUUUUUUCAUUUGACGAUUUUGUUAUAAAUUCUAAAGAAGAGCUUUUUUGGGGAGGGGGGGAAGUGUUAGUUAAAGAAGUUUUUAUUUUCAUUUUUAUAAUAAUGCAAUGAUUAUUAGUAUGAUAAACCUGACUUGAACCUUUCUUCAAAUUCUCGAGAAAAAACAUUCACUCAGCACAUCUACAAUUGUUCAGUUACAAUUUAUUGGCAAGUCGUGUAAGACAUUGCAUUUGAGACCAAACAAGAUUCUGUCAACAAAAUGGAAGGAAAAAUCCUCCCCCCUCCUUCCUCAAAAAAGCUUUUUUUUGAAAUUAUUACAAAAAUUUCAAAUGCAAAAAAAUAUUUUAAGAAACCAUCAGUCACAUCGUAACAAUGAAAGUUAUAGAGAAUCUACAAAUAUAGAUGUACUCCAAAGAAGUCACAGGAUCUAGUGAUAUCAGUCCUACUGUUCUUGGACUCUCCAUUGAUGCAUAAUUCAAACAGUCAUGGAAUUUUUUGAACACACUUAUCUACUAAAAAGUCAAAAUAUUGAUUACUAAAAAUUAUUUUAGGCGUUCAUCUGUUUGAAUGGAUAUACAUUAAUAUGGAACUCUAGCAAGUACUGUUUGGCCGAGACUUCGUAUAAAGACAAUGAAAUAAUGAUUAGUUGUGUAUUUAUUCUGAUAAUGAAUACCAUUAGUGUGGUGACAUCUUUGCCAGUAUCUAUUUAUAGCACUUUUGUUAUUGAAGAAAAACAUGGUUUUAAUAAACAAGUAAAUUAUCUAAUUAUUUAACUAUUUAAUUAUUUCUGUAAAAUGCUAGUAAAAAUGUACUAUUUUUUUUAAAAAACUAGACUGUUGGAUUCUUUACUAAAGACAAAAUCAAGAAUUUCAUAUUGGUUCAAGCGAUAACAAUACCAAUUACUGCAGCAACCAUUGGUAUUGUUAAAUGGGGAGGACGCUAUUUCUUCAUUUAUUUAUGGGUAUUUUGUCUUGUAACUACAUUAUUAUUUAUGACAAUAUAUCCAGAAUUUAUUGCACCAUUAUUUGAUAAAUAUACACUAUUACCGGAUGGCAAUUUGAAGACCAAAAUUGAAGAGCUUGCAAAACAAGUCAAAUUUCCUCUAUUCAAAAUAUAUAUAGUAGAAGGUAUAAUUUAAAACGAAAAAUAUAAUUCUAACUUUAUAUUUCAUGUCAUGAAACAAAAUAUGACAGUAAACAAUAAAUUAUUGUUGGGAAAGUUCCAUUUAAAAAGAAAUUUGUUCCUGUUCCUUGUUCCUACUAAAAAAAAAUAACUCCUUUUUCUUUUUUUUUGAAUACCUAAUACAGUCCAAAUUGGUUUGAUUAUAUUAUUAAUUUUAAAAUAUAUACGUAUUUGAUAUUAAAGGUUUCCAUGAGUUACUUCACACUUAUAUAGACAAAAAAAUAAGUUUAGUGUAAGUUAAUUAAGUCGAAGAAAAUUGGAAACUAUUCUUACUUUUUAGAAUUGACAUGUAAAUUUAUUUCCUAUCCUAAAAAAAUAAAAAUGAUAAAGUAUUAUUUGAAAAAAACAAAAUCAUCGAUUUACUCAAAAUUAAUUUAUUUCAUGAUUAUAUGUAUAAUAUAAAAAAACCGGUUUACAUUAUCAUAUUGUUUACCUUGUAUGUUAAUAAAAAUGGAAAUAAUACAUUAUGCCAUUGUGGUAAUUUAUUAAUGAUUGACGAAGUGGUACCAAAACUAAAUAAUUUCUAGACAAUAUUAUAACUAAAAUAACGUGCCUUCUUUUUUUUAUGUGUAAUAAAAAGAUUGGAAAUUUGCUUUUAUGUUCUUUUUUCCUGUUCCUCAUUCCUAUAUUUGAAAUAGAAUACAUCCCAAGCUUCAAUCCCAUAAAAGGAAUGUGCUCCUUCCCAACAUUGCAAUAAAUAUAAUUAAUAAUAUGAUUUAAUUUGUGAUAUUACAUCUAAUAUUCGAUAUUAGGUUAUUAUUUUGAAAAAAAAAAAACCUGAGUUACUAAUUAAAGUGUUCAUUUUAGGAUCAAAACGUUCAGCUCAUAGCAACGCAUAUUUUUAUGGAUUUUUCAAUAAUAAACGUAUUGUACUAUAUGAUACAUUAUUAAAAGAGAGCAAAGAUACUAAGGAUGACAAAAAAUUAGAAGAUGAUAAAAAACCACUUAUUGAUAAUGAAGUUGAAGAAGAUAAAAAAGAAAUUAUUAAAAAUGACAAUGAACAAAUAGAAGAAAAAGGAAAAGGGAUGAAUGAUGAAGAGAUUUUGGCAGUCUUGUGUCAUGAAUUGGGUCAUUGGAAAUUAAACCAUGUAUUGUUUAACAUUGUGAUAAUGCAGGUAUAAUCCAUUAUUAUUAUUUUAAUUUUUUUUUUUUUUGUGGUAUUGUAUUAUUUAUGUUUCAGGUAAAUUUAUUUAUCAUGCUAUUUUUCUUUGGAUGGUUGUACGACAAUUCAAUGUUAUACCGAGCAUUUGGAUUUUAUGAAUCGGUGCAUCCAGUUAUUGUUGGUUUAGCAAUAAUAUUUCAGUAUGUUUUUUCUCCAUACAACACUGUUAUAACAUUUGCCAUGACUACUCUAAGUAGACAAUUUGAGUUCCAAGCAGACGCAUUUGCUAAAAAGCUUGGUAAAGCAAAGGCACUUGAAAGCGGAUUGAUAAGAUUAAACAAUGAAAACUUAGGAUUUCCCAUUUAUGACAAACUUUACUCAGCUUGGCAUCAUACUCAUCCUCAAUUAUUGGAAAGAUUGGAAGUAAUCUCCAAGGGUGAAUAAACACUAAAAUUGAAAUAAAAAGAAAAUUCCAUCUCAAAUUAUAACAGUGUUCCAUAUUUGAUAUUUUUAAUUUUAACAUCUUAGUUUAUGUUAUAAUGAGUCAUUUUUAGUGUUUGUAUUCCAAUCUUCUAGUCGUCAUAGUAUUUGAAAAGCUAGCAAAAUUUGAUUAACUUAAUAUUUGAUUAUUUUCAUUCAUAAUAUUUGUUGUAUAAUAACAGUAUUGAUUUUUUUUUUUUUUUUAAUAAAAUAAUUUUCCAUUUAAUAUUAUAUUUAAUUAUUAAAUAUCAUUAAUUUAUUUAUAUUAACUUAUGUUUAUUCAAUUACAAAAACAAUUACAUAAAGUGGAUACAUUAUGUUCUAUAUAUUUAGUCAUAAACUCUGUAUAAGUAUAAUAUAUAAGUUUAACCGGUACUUAUUGAUUGUCUAUAAAUUAGUUUAUUUAUUGGAACCUCAAUCCAUACUUCAUUCAACAUAUAAAUUAAGGUUUCGCCACACUAUGAUGAUUACAUUAUUAUAUUAUACAGCAAUGACAAUAGAUGUUCAAAUAUUCUAUUUUGGUGAGUGUCAUAGUAAUACAGUUUUACUGUUAUGGUUUCUGUCCAUAUUCAUUAUAGGCAGUGAGUGAACUGAGCUAUACUAAUACCCAAUACAGACAGUGAACUGAUCUAAACUAAUAAAAUUUAGACAUUUUGUCCUGGGUUUAUUUAGAAAUAUACAAAUCUGAUUUGUAUUAUUCAGAAAAAAUUUUUUCACA